AGCGAAUGAGAAGAGUGGAGACAAUAGGGAGCUGCACUUCCAGUUGGAGACACAGAAGGCGAGAGACACGCAGAGUGGAGAGAGCGUUCGCUGCCCUGCCUGCCUACCACUAUAGGAGUCAGGCUCAUAUACUCUCAAGCAGGAAAACAUUCUUCCUCUCUCUUUUUUUCUUCCUCACCUCACAGCUGGAGGGCCAUUUUCAAGCCUUUGGUUGAUUAUUUUUUCAUACCGUUCUUCUUUUUUUAUGCCUUUUUUACACACUCUGAAAUUGCCAAGAGGGCUCUCUUGAGUGACAUUGACUGACAGCUGGUGUGGAACCGUUUGAGCCUUUUGAGGUCUCGUCUUCCGUAGGUAGCUGUCGGUGAGCCCCGUCUGUCGGUCAGUCAGUCGUCCGACUUUUUUCGCUUUAGCUUUUUUUGGUGGUUUGACCGGUCGCUCGCUCGCCACUGGUCUCCGCUGGUUUUUUUUUGUGCUGCUGGUUCGGUUGUGUGCCGGUGCAAAUCCGCCUGGAUGCCUGUGGACGUGGUCAUCGCCCCCCCACAGCCCCUCUGGACGGACAUGCACGAGAGCCAGAUGAAGCUGAAGAUCAGGGUGCGGAGGGUGAAGGAGGGACGCGACCUCAGAGGGGGCUUUGCCGCCUUCUCCUCCUGCUUCCCGGGCCUGUGUGAGAGUAAGCAGGCCGCCAUCCUCCCCAUGAGCUUGUCUCAGCCCUGUCUGCCCGUGGCCAACGUGGGACCCACCCGCAUCCUCCCCCACCUCUACCUGGGCUCCCAGAGGGACGUCCUCAACAAGGAGCUGAUGGGCCAGCAUGGCAUCACGUACGUGCUGAACGCCAGUAACACCUGCCCCAAGCCAGACUUCAUCAGCGAGAGCCACUUCAUGCGCAUUCCCGUCAACGACAACUACUGUGAGAAGCUGCUGCCCUGGCUAGACAAAACCAAUGACUUCAUCGACAAAGCCAAGGUGUCUAACUGCCGCGUCAUCGUCCACUGUCUGGCGGGCAUCUCGCGCUCGGCCACCAUCGCCAUCGCCUACAUCAUGAAGACCAUGGGGCUCUCGUCGGACGACGCCUACAGGUUUGUGAAGGACCGUCGGCCGUCCAUCUCCCCCAACUUCAACUUCCUGGGCCAGCUGCUGGAGUUCGAGAAGGGCCUGAAGGUGCUGAAGGCUCUGACCUGCCACCCCAUGCGGACGCUGAUGGAGCAGCGGCACGAGGAGGAGGAGCAGGAGGACCGGGGGGGCGACACGUCUCCGUUCCCCGGCCCAGAGCGCCACGACGGCAACAGCAACGGGGCGACCACCCCCAUUGGCUUCCCCUGCAGCCACGAGUCGGGCGUGGAGAGCACCAUCCGCAACUCGGAGCUGCCCGGCAGCAGGCCGCUCCUGCAGAGGAACGGCCUGGUCAGCGGCCUGAAUCUGUCCGCCGAGCACAUCGCCGACACCAACCGGCUCAAGCGCUCCUUCUCCCUGGACAUCAAGUCCGUCUACUCCCCCAACGGCGGGCAGGGUCAGCAGCAGCAGCGCGGCUCCCCGCCCAAACUCGCCCUCACGCCCAUCGGCUCCGAGGACGUGCCCAAGCUGUGCAAGCUGGAGAGCCCCGAGAGCAACAACGGCGUGUGCCAGUACUCCCCAGUGCUGGACAGCCCCGGUUCUGUCUCGGCCGAGAGCCCCAGCGGCGGGCCGGGAGAGGGCCGCGUCCGGCAUCGGAGGAAAGGCCGGCGCAGCAGCAGCAGCAGCAACAGCAGCAGCAGCAGCAGCGGCAGCAGUGUCGGCAGCAGCACUAGCGGUAGUAGCACCCUCAGUGAGGCGUCCAGCCCGCCCACCCCUCCGCACUCCCUCUCCCUCAGCCUCAACCUCACACCCCACCCUCUGCUCGGCCCUCACAACGCCCAUUCCGAUCAGGUCGGCAGCAUGAAGAGCUCCCUGCUACUCAACCUGCCCUCCUCGGCCAACGCGGCUUGGACCCAGCACAGGGAGACGGCUCAGGCCACCACCCCCGGCACCCCCACCACCGACUGCGCAUGGUUCCUGGGCCCAGGCUGCGGCGCCCCUCCUCUCCCCAGCCCUGGCUCCCUGCCCGGGCCUGGAGGGUCGGACAUGCCCGCGUUGCGCUUGGGAAGCAGCUCGACUUACAUGGCGUUCGGCUGCAGCGGGCGUGCCGGUUCCUGCGAGGAGGACCGGGGGGUGCAGCUCCGGGACAAAGCCCAGCAGGCCAGAGACUCGAGGGGCAGCUGGCACGAGGACGCCUCUGCUUCUGCCGCCUCGUCAUCGUCGUCGGGUGGCAGUAUCGUGGUGGACAAACAGUUCAAGCGUCUGAGCUGCCAGAUGGAGUUUGAGGAGGGCAUGUCGGAGAAGCACUCCCGCGAGGAGCUGGGCAAGCUGGGCAAGCAGUCGAGCUUCUCGGGCAGCAUGGAGGUCAUCGAGGUGUCCUGACGCCACACAUCACCACCACCACCACAGACUGGCCAGAUCACGUAAGAACAGUUCAACGAGGCAGUUGUGAACUGUUACUCUUAUACAGACCUGUUCCAGAUGGGCUCGAAGGAGUCCUGGCUCUCUGAGACUUGUUGACAUGGACAGUUCAGUCAUGAGAGGGUCUCCGAGUGUGGUACAGGACUAUGGGAGAAGCCUUUGGCUGUCAAUGCAGUUGCGAAUGAACUGCAGUGCAAGACAGACAGGCUUUCUUUGGCAAAGGGAACUUUGCUGUGAUGGACAUUUUGUUUCGAUAGAGGUUACAGAAGGACAUUUAUUGACUUUCUCCUAAUGUUGGACUGCAGUACUUUGAAAGACAAGUGCCAUAACUCCAGCACCAAAGGAAAAGCUAUGAACAUAUGAACUCUUGUCACACACACACACACACACACACACACACACACACACACACACACACACACACACACACACACACACACACACACACACACACACACACACACACACACACACACACACACACACACACACACACACACACACACACACACACACACACACACACACACACACACAAGGCGUGCUACUGUACCAUUCGCAAUGAAGGACGCUCUUUUUGGGAGAAUUCAAAAGUUCCCAGCAUGCCCGAAUAAAUUCACAUGAAGAGAACUGUGGUUCUGUGGCCACAGCUGAAAAAAUAAGAGAUGCUUUUUCGAAACUACAAUUUUGUUUUCCUUUGACAUACUGUCAAUUUUGUCAGUGUUAACAGCUAUAUGCACCGCAAAGUAUUAGUUGUGAUAAUUAUAUCCUGUGUGUUAAUGGUCAUAGAUAUAGAACACUGGAUGCCGUGUUGACAACCGCCAUUGGAACGAGUUUGCUGCCAUCUUUAUUCAGUGGGAACGCUGGUUGUACGAACAUCAAUUGCUGACAAGGCAAUACGCAAAUUAUCCUGUAGGUGGCGGUAAAAUGCCUUUGCUUACAGCGUGAAAAACGUACGAAAUAUGCACCAAGACUGCGGCGUGUAAGGCUUGUCAUGCCAAAAGGCUGAACGUGACAUCUUGUGUUCUAUAUCUAUGGUUUAUGGUUUGAAGUUGCACCAGUGGUGCACUCUCAACCAAACUACUGUAACUCCUCCUCCAAAUGUACACUGAGCAUGCUCUAAAGUGGCUGGCUACCUACAGACAGACAAGCUGUGUACCAACAGCACUAAGCUUUAUAUAUAUUAAAAAUAUAUAUAUCCAUUACACAUAUACAUGCAUAUGUAAAGAAAUCGUACUGCAAUUUUAAUGGACAAAAAAAUGUUUUAUCCAUUAUCAUUAUGUUUUAAUUUAUUUUAUCUGUUUCAUUCUGGCAAUGAGAAAUAAUAUAAUAUUUGUGAACUUAAGUUGUUUAUUUCUUGCAGUUUAACUGUAUCGUAUUUAUAAAAAGAAUGCAAAACACUUAAAAAACGAAACACAAAAACUCGAGCAAUACAGAAUGAUUUUUGAAAAAAACAAAAUAUUGGUCUGACAAACCUCCUUAUGUGUGCCAGUCUUUCAUAACCUACAUGUGCAUGACUGACAGCUCCUUUGCCUGAUUCUUGCAGCCAUUUGUGUGCUGCCCCUUAUUCCCCCAGUUAGGAAUGAACGUCAUAAUUGCCAAUAACACGAGCAGUGGUAGAAAUGGCCUUUCCCUUCUAUACUCAGUUGCAGUUGCACCUCUCUGAUGUCAAUGGGCCAGUCCUGGAAAGACUACCCCAGACUCCCAAAACACAAACUCAACCAAUAUGCUCUCACACUCUACAGUAUGUUCACACUCAAGACACACCAGUUAAAGCACACCACACCACACAUCGUGGAACGACUGUUCAAGGCCUGUCCCAUGCAGGCACCCAUGCAGUAGAGUUAGGCCAGAAGU